UGUUUACAUAUUAUAUUUAUAAAGUGAAGAUAGAUGCAUAUAUAUGUUACUGCGAAUAAAAAUAUUGUGCGCAUGAUCAAGUUAGAACGGACCCGUAAUUUCCGACGAUAGGAUUCGUCCGUUCGUCCGUCCAUCCGUCGUGCGUGAAAUGUCAAAAUGGCGUCUUCUCAGGACGCUUGGUAUCUCUCGUUGUUGGGUUUGGCCGAGAACUUUCGUACGUCAAAUCCGCCAAAUGUCAAAUCGUGCAUUCAGUGUCUACAGGCAGUUUUCCACUUCAAACCACCACCGCGCGUCGAGGCGCGCACUCAUCUUCAGCUUGGCAACAUCCUGCUCACGCACACGAAAAACAUCGAUUUGGCGCGAUCUCACUUAGAUCAAGCGUGGCGACUGAGUCAGAACAUAAAUACGUUCGACGAUGUGAAAUUUGAGGCAGCCAGUGUGGUUGCGGAACUGUACGAACAACAGCAACAGCCAAACCUAAGUAAACCAAUAUUAAGGAAGGCGAUAGAAUUAUCUCAGCACAAUGUUUACUGGCAUUGCAGGCUUAUCUUUCAACUCGCACAAAUUCAUGCUUCGGAAAAGGACUUUGUCGCAGCGAGCAGUCUACUUGCAGUGGGCGUGGAUUAUUCUCAUAUAAGCAACGCCAGUUACACCAGAGUACUCUUUCUUCUAUCUCGGUGUAUGCUCCUUCUAAUAGACAAAAAAUUCACAGAGGUUCAUCCUCUAUUAAAUUCAGCGGGACAUCAUGUAGAAAAUUGGCAAGGAAGUCCACAUCAAAAGGAAUAUCUCAAAGUUUAUUUUUUAGUUCUCCAAGUAUGUCACUACCUCAUGGCAGGGCAGGUGAAAAGUGUGAAACCUUGUUUAAAACAAUUGCAACAAAGCAUACAAACUAUAAUGUCUCCUAGUUGGCCGACUGAUGAUAUAGUUACAGGUUCCAACAUAGGAGAUAUGUUUAUAUGGAUGCCAAAAGAUCAUCUAUAUGUUUUGGUUUAUUUAGUAACUGUCAUGCAUUCUAUGCAAGCUGGCUAUAUGGAUAAAGCUCAGAAAUAUACUGAUAAAGCUCUUACUCAAAUUGAAAAACUGAAAAUUGUUGAUAACAAACCUAUUUUGUCUGUGUUUCAAUUAAUGCUUUUGGAACAUAUAGUUAUGUGUCGGCUUGUAAUGGGAAAUAAAAGUGUGGCUCUCGCGGAAAUUUCUCAAGCUUGUCAGCUUUGCAGGCGACAGCCUAGAUUACUUCAAGGCCAUAGACCACAAUUACAUGCAUUACUAGGUUUAUAUGCAAUGUCUAUGAAUAGUAUGGAAGCUGCAGAGGCUCAAUUUACUGCUGCACUCAGAAUAUCACAAGAGAGGGAACUCUGGACAUUCGCGAAUUUGAAUUUAGCAAUAGUAUAUCUCAGAACAAAAAGAGAAGCUGAACUAGGAGCAUUAUUAGAAAGGAUAAAUCCAGAAUCUUUGCCAUCACAUUCUCAUUCCUUGAGGGCAGCUGCAUAUUAUGUACAAGGACUUCAAGCUUUCUUUGGUGCUAGAUAUAAUGAAGCAAAACGGUAUCUUAGAGAAACAUUAAAAAUGGCAAAUUCGGAAGACUUGAAUAGACUCACUUCGUGUAGUCUUGUGCUUUUGGGACACAUAUUUCUUUCAUUGGGAAAUAGUAGAGAAUCAAUGAAUAUGGUUACACCUGCGAUGCAAUUAGCUUCUAAAAUACCUGAUGUGCAUGUACAAUUAUGGGCUACUGCCAUUCUUAAAGAUUUGUAUAGAAUUUGCGGUGAUCCUACUCGUGAAAGCGAAGCGUUUCAAAUGCACUGUACAUUUUCCCAAACCCUUUUGAAGGACCAUUUUCAGAGUACUCAAAUGAGUGAAUAUUCGCUUAUUCAUUGGACAGACGGUCCGGUGCCUGCGUUACCAACCAAUCCACCACCGUCUACGUCACAAGCAAUUCUCUAAUAACAUAAAAAGAUAUUUAAGUGUGUUUAUUUACUUAAACUGUCCAGAUUAUUCGCUGAAGCCGUAUAUAUUUGUAUUACUUAUUUAUUGGAUUGUAAAGUGUGAAAUUUGUUUCAGCAUCAUUCAAUUUCAGAUAUUAAGAUAAUUAUAACGAGUAAUUUAAAAAAUUCGGAAUUAAUUGUGAAUGAUGAAGAAAUGAAAGGAUUAUUGGAUAUAAUUUUUUUAAAUACGAUCUUUACAAAAAUAUGAGGCAACUAGUUAUAGCUGCAGAGCUCGUGUGAUAGUUUAUAAUAUUAUUUCAGUUAUCAAAAUUAUAUGGCAGGGACUGAUUAUUACAUUUAGAUCAUUGAUAUAUUUUGUUUAUUUCAAGUUUAUAUAAUUUAAUUUUUAUUUACAUUACAUUUUUUUAUAGAUUUAUACUCUCUAUAAGAGAGGGAUACAAAUAAUGAAUAUCACUAUGCAGAUCAGAUGCGUUUUUAAAAUUAUAUGACUCGUUCUGCCGCACAAUGUGUUUAAAUAAGAUUUGUACUGCACAUAUAAAAAGUAUAGUUCAUACAAGAAUAAAAACUUUUAUUUUUGUUUAAAAGUUCAUCAAUUUCAAAUUUUAAUAUGGACUUGCAAAAUUUUCUCUACACUGUCAAUCUACUAUGUUUAACAUGUUAGAAUUCUUGCAAAUAAAAAUUAACAUGUUAAGUUUUCAAAUUAAGAAGGGGAAUAUAUGUAUAUAAAAUUUAUUAUUUUUUAAAUUUAUAAUUACGAUAUUAUUGUAAAAAUGAAAAUUUUGUUGGAAGAAACACAAUCAACUUUUAAAUUGUUGUAAGUAAAGGAGAUGGGGAACAAAUAUCAAAAUUUAGAUUAAUUUUUGUAUAUAUUGGAUUAUAAUUUAUAGGUAUAAAAGGAAGAUGAAACUAAGCUAAACUUUCAGAUUUAAUAGAUUAUCUGAAUAAUUAUUAAAAUGAUUUUAUUGGUUUUUUUUUUAUUAUAAAUUUUCUUUUUUUUAAUGACCAAAGUAAACGUUAAUAUAAUUUGGCUGUGGACAUAACAGAAUAACAGCACGUUUAUUAAAUGGCAUAAUAGAGAAUGAUGGGUACAAAAAUUUGCAAAUCGAUAAAGCAAUUUUUUUUACCUAUUAUACAUCUAAGAUGUUUCUAUAUAUGUAUUUUAUUAAAAUUAUAUAUAUAGUAUGAAUAUGUAAUAAAAAUGUAAUUGUUAUUAGUAUUAAUUACAGUAAAUAAAAAAGGGGCCUUAGAAAAAAAUGUAACUUAAACGGCAAAGAAUUUUUGCUUAAAAUUCUUUGCUUUGUUUAAAUUACUCAGAACAUAUUUUGUACAUAUUUUUAAAAGUAAAACAAUACAUAUGCAAAUCCAAUGGAAAAAAAUAAUGUAAUAAAAAUACAGCUUUCUUUAAAUGUUUCACUGUUGCCGCAACAUAAAGACAGUACAAAUCUCGUAUUUUGUAGUUUAUUUCUUUACAUGUUAAGCAUUAUAUUAAUAAUGUAUAGGUGGUACUAUUCAGAUCAUUUAUAUAAUUAGAGUCCCUGAGAUAUUAUAUAUUGCUUUUUUCUGAAAAAAAUAAAAGAUAUAGAUAUCAGUCUA